UGGAUUUCACAAAGAACUGUUAUCUGGUUGAAUGAAGUACCUGAGUACGAUUCAUGGGAUUUCACACCCAUCAUACUCGUCUCAGCAUCAUCUUCAGAUGGCACUUUUCAGAAUCGGACCACCUCUGAGUUUAGCUGGAACUAUAUUGCUGGUGCUGGGGAUGAUGAGGAAAGUUGGGCUAGAGGUUUAGCACCCCAUCUUUUCUGGAAGCAUGCAUAUGAUAUUAUAAGCUCAGGUCCUGACUUGUGUAAUCAAAAGAUUGCAAAUAUUGUAGAAAAGGACCGAGUUAGCCGUGCACGAAGGGGAGAAAAUGCUCCACAGGUGUCUGUUAAGCCUUCAAAAAUCCUGGGAAACACAAGUUCGUCUCAAUUUGGAGACCCAUUAGUGUUUGAUGAUGAAUUUGUGGCUGAAGGCGAGAAGAAAAGUGGUGAUUGCUGCAUGUACUUUUUGGGGUCAACUGGUAUUGCAGUCGGCAAAUCUCGACUUGUGAACUCUUUUUCUACAGCCAUAGAAACCCCUCCUGCCUUCUGCAUAUUAAAUUGUGAUAGGGAGUUGUUGCCUGUCUCACUCGAAGACCUCGAAAUGUACAUGCAUCUACCAAUUGUGGAUUCCAAAAUCGACCGUUUUUCUUUGCUAAGGAAUCUCCCUUCUGCUAUUAACUUUGCUAAAUCCCAGUUGCAAAAGAGAAAGACUCUUCUGAUUUGCUGCAGUAAU